CGGCGCAGAGAGCGGAGCCUUGUGAGGCUGCGGACGGCAGAGCCCCGGGUUCGAGACCCAAAGCAACCGGAUUCCUCGUUCUUUUCCUCCUCAAGAGGCGAAACCAGCUCCUCAGCCAUGGUGAUGUUCAAGAAGGUGAAGACCUUUGUGAUGACCUUCAGUGAGCCGGACAAGAUCUACUGCAGCGGGGAGAAGGUGGUGGGACGGAUACUGGUGGAGGUGGCCGAGGUCACUCGUGUCAACGCCGUCAAGGUGCUGGCCUGCGGGGUGGCCAGAGUCAACUGGACCAAAGGGCCCCAGCAGUGCCGGCAGGAGAUGGAGUACCUGCGGUUUGAGGAUGUCCUCACCCUGGAGGAGCAGCCCACUGAUGGGGACGGCUCAGUGAUCCUGAGACCCGGCAACAAAUACGAGUACAAGUUUGGAUUCGAGCUUCCCCAAGGCCCCCUGGGCACCACCUUCAAGGGGAAGUAUGGAUGCGUGGAUUACUGGGUCAAGGCUUUCCUGGAGCGCCCGUCCUUUCCCACUCAAGAGAUCAAGAAGCGCUUCGAGGUGAUGGACCCAGUCGAUGUGAACACUCCAGAGCUGCUGUCUCCAGUGGCUGCCAAGAAGGAAAAGAAGGUGUCGUGCAUGUUCAUCCCCGAUGGGCGCGUGUCUGUCAGUGCUCAGAUCGACAGGAAGGGGUUUUGUGAUGGCGACGACAUCUGCAUCAAUGCCGACUUUGAGAACACGUGCUCACGCAUCGUGGUGCCCAAGGCAGCCAUCAUCGCCAAGCACACCUACCUGGCCAACGGGCAGACCAAGGUCUUCACCCAGAAGCUGUCCUGUGUCCGGGGCAACCACAUCAUCUCGGGCAUGUCAGAGUCCUGGCGGGGCAAAACCAUCCGAGUGAAGAAGCUCAAGCCUUCCAUCUUGGGCUGCCACAUCUUGCGUGUGGAGUACUUCCUGCAGAUCUACGUGAGCGUCCCGGGCUCCAAGAAGAUCAUCCUGGAGCUGCCCCUGGUCAUCGGCAGCCGCUCGGGCAUCGGCAGCCGCAGCUCCAGCAUGGCCAGUCAGGCCAGCUCCGAGAUGAGCUGGGUGAACCUCAACCUUCCCGAUGCUCCUGAAGCACCUCCAUGCUACCUGGACAUUGUCCCUGAGGACCAUCGCCUGGAGAGUCCCACCACUCCACUGCUGGAUGACACUGACAGCUUCGACAGCCCCAUCUUCAUGUACGCACCCGAGUUCAAGUUCAUGCCACCACCCACCUAUACGGAGGUGGAUCCCUGCAUCACCAACAACAACGUGCAGUGAGUUGAGGGUGACUCUUCCUGCUCUUUCUGGACUGCCGCCGGCCGCCGCGUGGUCCCAGCGCCCUGCCCUGGGCAGUGGGCAUGGAGGAGGUGCUGCAGCAUCCUUCCGAGCCUGGAUGUUCCCUCGGGAUCUUGCCUUGCCACCGGAAUCCUGCGGAAAAACCAGUCCCGGACUCCUGAGGUGCUCCCCUGGAAAUGAGGGAGCCUCGAGGUGGAGGUUGCAGAGGCAGGAGGGAGGAGAAGAGGCAGAUCCAACCCAAAGAGACUUGAUUCCCAAGCAAAAUCAAGCCAGGGACACUGUCCAUAGGGAUAUAGAGCUGCCUCUGAUCCAGUUUGAUCCACCGUCCUCAGGGACCUCGGUUCUGUGCCGGGAUGUGCCAUGAGCAUAGUUGGUUGUUGCUCUUGAGCGUUGUUGCUGCUGCCACAAUAGAGAGGCCACGAUGGAGGGAGGCCUCCUGUGGAGGCUGAGUUGUUCCCGAGUGCUGGAACCAAACUCCAUCGGCUCUUCCCUGGAAAGAGGAAGAGCUCUGGAAUCCGGAAUGCCUCCAGUGUUGGCCAUAGGGCAGCAAGUUCUUUUUGUACUUGUUUUGUAGUUAGUUUGGGGGGGGAGGGGAGGAAAUGGGCUCUUUUGUACCACUGACACUGUGUGCCCCUGUGGGGUGACGUUUGUAAUAAAGAUCCAGUGCGAUUGUCACA